AUGAAAGUGGAAAUAGUUGAAUGGAAAAGUUAUUGUACGUGGCACUGGGACCUUGCAUCGUCUGAUGGGCAUGGAUACGUUGAAGAGUUGUGUGGUAUAUGUCGUGUUUCAUUUGAUGGAACGUGUCCUAAUUGUAAAUACCCAGGGAAUCAGUGUCCUGUUGUGUUGGGAUCAGGGUGCACACAUAAUUUCCACUUGCACUGUAUAUUGAAAUGGUUAGAACAGGAAGCAUCGAAGGGGUUAUGUCCAAUGUGCAGACAGAUAUUUACCUUUAAAGAACAGAAGAAGCAAGCACCAGAAGAGUUGGCAAAAUUAAAGAAAUUGAUUGAUGGGCAUAAGGUUAUGAGAGAACGGCCAGAGCAGACUGAUCAAGAGUUUGAGGAGUAUGUUCCCGAAACGAUUGGAUGA